ACCACUCUUCUCCUUCGCUCGUCAUUCGUAAAUUCUGCCUUCUUCUCGUUUGCGUUUUUCUUUCUUUCUUUCUUUCUUUCUUUCUUUUGGGUUUGGGUUUCUGGAGUUGGGUGUGAAGAUGCUGUACGAGCAGCCACAGCAGCAGCAGCAGCAAGUGAGAUUCGAUUCGAGGAGGAAGAAAGGGACGGCGGAUCAGAGAAAGAGAGGAACCGCCGUCGUUGAGGAAGAUGAGAGGCUCGAAGUCGUGGAUUUGAGUGGCUUGUCCAUGGAGUCUCUCCCUAACCCUACCCUGAAUUUGGCCCUCAUCUGCAAGUUGGACAUCUCUAACAACAACCUUCAGACGAUACCAGAGUCGAUGGUGGCAAGAUUGCUAAACGUGGUGGUGCUGGACGUCCACUCCAACCAAUUGAAGGUCCUUCCAAACUCGAUCGGGUGUCUCGUGAAGCUCAAGGUUUUGAAUGUCGCUGGAAAUUAUCUCCGAACCCUCCCCAGGACUAUUGAGAAUUGCAGAUCACUUGAGGAACUGAAUGCCAAUUUCAACCAGCUUAUGAGACUACCGGACACCAUUGGCUUCGAGCUUCUGAACCUUAAGAAGCUCUCAGUCAGUUCGAACAAGCUCGUGUUUCUCCCUCACUCCACCUCCCACCUCACCUCCCUCCGCAUCCUCGACGCUCGUCUCAACUGCCUUCGCUCGCUGCCUGCAGACAUGGAGAACUUAAUCAAGCUUGAAGUUCUCAACGUGAGUCAAAAUUUCCAAUGCCUCGAGACCCUCCCCUACUCCAUAGGCCUACUGUUGUCCCUCAUCGAGCUGGACGUUAGCUAUAACAAGAUCACGGCCUUGCCGGACUCCAUGGGAUGUCUCCAGAAGCUCCGGAAGCUCUGCGUAGAAGGAAACCCGCUUACUUCGCCUCCAGUGGAAGUCGUUGAGCAAGGGUUGCAUGCUGUGAAGCAGUACUUGAGUGAAAAGAUGAAUGCAGGACAUCGAAGUCCAACCAAGAAGUCAUGGAUCGGCAAGUUGGUCAGGUAUGGUACAUUCAAUGGGAGCCGAGUCAGUAGAAUGAACCAGGAGGAAAGUGAAGGGUAUAUGGCACCUGACUAUCAAAGAAUUUCUGGAUUUGCCUCGCCGAGAUAUAUGGGGAGGUUCUCACCGCGCCGCCUCUUCUCUCCAAGAAGAAGCAAUGCUUGUUAAUGUUUUGUAAAGUUUUUAUAUUAGUGGUAUUGUAUGGCUGUUGCGAAAUGAAGGGUCGUCCAUUAGCACUAGGCCAGUUUGUGAUCCCGUUAGACCAAAAUGAUGGUAGAUGAGCCCACAUACACAGACAUUAUCGCGUUCUUGGUUCAUUUAGCUGCAUGACAAGUUGCUCUUUUCCCGCCUUGUAUACACAGACAUUAUCGCGUUAUUGUAUGACUGUUGCGAAA